GUGGGUGCGUGCUCUGUAGCCUUCGGCCUGCACCUCCUAGCCCGUCGUGUUGGCUUUCAGGAAGCCCCCUGCCUCACCCGCCGCACGCACAGGCGUGCGCGUCCGCAGGCACACGCAGGACAAUUCUAUAGUCACAAAAUUCCCUGAGAAUAUGGGAAGAAUCAAGUAACUGCGGAACUGCCUCUGAUGAACCUCCAAUUUGGCUGGAUUGCCUUAGGGUUUUUUUGAGGUGAUACUUACAUUAUCCAGUAAAACAGCCAAGCUGUUUUAAAACUUGGUGUUAUAUGUACGUUAGAUAUACCUAUGUUAGAAAAAGACGUAUCAUCACCAAAGGAGAAGUCAGGGCAAAAUGUGUUCAGACCUGUGACUGUGGUCUAAGUGCAGAACAGUGCAGUGAGAAUUUAACCUCACCAUUUGUGAGGCUUCAGACAAAUUUCAGAUUCAUACGCCUUGUUCUAGAGAAUGCCGUCGCUUGUUUUCACGUAAAAUUGUCGAGUGACAGCUGAGCUUGGAAAACCCCACGGAAAUCAGCUCUUCAAAUAAGCGGCAUGCAGAGCAAGGGGCAGUUCAGUUUUGUAGUUUUAGGAUGAUUUCUUUCUAGACUGCUGCUCUACUGAGUACACAGGGAUUUUGAAAUAAAAGGCCGCCUGUGUGUGGAGGUCCUCUGUCACUCUCUGUUCAUUCCAUUCCUGUGAUUGCUGCGAUGGCAGUGUGAAAAUUCCCCUGCAAAUGGGCACAUCAGUUGCACAAUCCUUGUGUUCAAACUUAGUAUGAGUGCGGUUUCACCUGCACUUCCACUCAGCGCGCACCAGCUUGUUUUGCAGGACUGCGGAGCAGACUGUGCUAAGUUCCAGAAGAGUGAACUGGAGUACAAAUUCAACAAGAAAGCUUUAGAAAGGCCCUACACCUCUAAACACUCCUGGGGAAAGACCUACGGGGAGCACAAGCGCCACUUGGAGUUUAGUCAUGACCAAUAUAGAGAGCUCAAGAAAUACGCAGAAGAGAUUGGCAUCUUCUUCACAGCUUCUGGCAUGGAUGAGAUGGCGGUGGAAUUCCUACAUGAACUGGAUGUUCCAUUUUUCAAAGUAGGAUCAGGAGAUACAAACAAUUUUCCAUAUUUGGAAAAGACUGCAAAGAAAGGCCGCCCAAUGGUGAUUUCCAGUGGGAUGCAGUCGAUGAACACAAUGCAUCAGGUUUAUCAGAUUGUGAAGCCCAUCAAUCCAAACUUCUGCUUCCUGCAGUGCACCAGUGCAUACCCGCUUCAGCCAGAGGAUGUCAAUCUCCGUGUUAUAUCGGCCUACCAGUCAGCUUUUCCUGACAUACCCAUUGGCUAUUCGGGGCAUGAAACUGGCAUAGCCAUUUCAGUGGCAGCUGUUGCCAUGGGUGCUAAAGUAGUGGAACGCCAUGUGACUCUCGACAAAACAUGGAAAGGAAGUGAUCACCAAGCAUCCCUGGAGCCAAAUGAACUGGCAGAGUUAGUGAAAGCCAUCCGUACUGUGGAAAAAGCAAUGGGUUCUCCAGUCAAGCAACUCUUGCCCUGUGAAAUGGCAUGCAAUGAAAAGCUGGGAAAGUCUGUUGUGGCGAAAGUGACAAUUCCUGAAGGUGCAGUACUGACACUUGACAUGCUGACAGUGAAGGUGGGAGAGCCUAAGGGAUUUCCCCCAGAAGCCAUCUUCGAUCUGGUGGGCCAGAAGGUUAACAAAAAAAUUGAAGAAGAUGAAACCAUCACUGAACAAGCAGUGGAAAAUCAUGUCAAAAAAGUGAAGUGCUAAACCAAAGCACUCCAUUCCACAUUUCAUGAUGUAGUACUACACUGCAUAACAUAUUUAAGUAUAGCAGCAUGGUAGGUUAGAAGAAAGGGGUGUAAUUAUGGGGAUCCAAGCAGGUUAGAAUUUUCAGGUUCUCAUUAGCAAGAAGUUUGUGCAGCAACUGAGUAUAAAUUAUGAAGAUCAACUUUAUUAGAAACCAUAUAGCAUUGUGUCUAGAAAAUACCAUGGUCCUCCUUUCUCCAUUUCACUUAACCUAAAUCGAUUUGGAGUUUUAUCAAAUCUAAGACCACAGUCUGCUGCUUUCCAGCUUCCCUUUUAUGGUAAGAAUACACUAAAUCACAAUAAUUUUGUCUACACUUUGAAUUGUUCUAACACCGUAUCUUUUGAUGUCACUCUCUUUUCUGCCGUUUUCUUCACCCCUGUGAUAACAGGAUGCUUGUUGGAGUUGCAUGCAGACAAGUGAAAGUUUACAUACACUGAGCAGAAAACUACACAUGCAGCCUGAUGGAUUUUUCUCAAGAUGAAAGCUUUAAGAUAGAAAGUAAGUCUCAAGAUAAAGCAGUGGGUUGCAGGAAUCUGCAUUCUGGGGAAAAUGAGCUCCUUGAGGAAGCUAGGUUCACAAGAGACAGUACCAAGAAAGGAAGCAAAUUGGCUAUGUAGAAAGGUCCCAUUUGCCCUUAAGGGGCAAAAGAAAGAGUCUUUUUGUACUGUUUGUGAACUGAAAGGCAAGAGGGCAAGCCAAACAGAUUAAUGGGGGGCAGAAAUAUAUCUGAGAUGGACCAGUGGAAAUAAACUUACCCUAAGCUUCCAAAAAAGGUCAAAAGCAUCUGUUGUGAGCUGAGUGAAGCCUGGAAUAUUAAAGCAAUUCUGCAGUGUAUUUGGAUACCUCUAUUUGUAUGUGGGGGGCAACUUCUCAGGUGGGAAGCCAAAUGCUGGUGAAGAUUCAGCAGGCUCCUUCCUUUGCUUCUACUAAGCAAAUACACUGGGUUGGGAAUUUUUUCCCCGACACUGGUGUUUUGAGACAGCUGAGGCUGGCUGCUUAGCUAGGUCACAUCACUAUGCUUCAGCGUAAUGGUCAGUGCUCCUCUGGUGUGCUCUGCUUUUGCAUCACAGCUUCUCACUUUCCAAGUAAGAAAUGCAAUCCCACUCGUAUCAGCAUGCUGCUCUUCUCUUUGUCCAGGAAGGACCAUAUGGCAGCAGCUGCAAACAGGGCAUCCCUCAAUUAGCUUGGGUAGCACAGAACUGCUUUGGUAUAAUUAAUCUGCAUUUUUCUAUCAUGGAAUAAUUUACUAAUGAUGGUUACAUGGAAUUUGCUACCUCUUAGUUGUGAGUUGGUGAAGUAUCUUGAAUUUGCUUGUGUUUCUGUGCUUGUGAACUGUUUACUUUCAAAAUGUUUACCUUUCUGCAAUUCUGAGGAAACUAUUUGUACCUUUAAAUGGGGAAGGAGAGAUUAUUUGAAUCAUGCUUGACUGUAUGUGAGCUCUGAUUGAUGCAAUAUGCUUGCCUUACAUUAGUAAACUACUCAAAGUUGGGGAUUUUUUUUAAUUCAAAUUUGAAAAUUAAACCUAGCUUGUAAAACUACGUAUUGUUUUUGCAUUUCAGCCUAUGGUGAGGCCU